CAAAAUAAAGCAUCUUUUCAGCCUAAUUUGUUGCUUCUCCCUUACUUGUAAAGUCAUAAAGAAUUAAAUUUACAUUGUCAAUUGAUAAGAAAAAUUUAGACAUCUUAUUUUAAUCAAAGAUUAAAUUGUUUUCUGAAGUUCUUUAUUGUACAAAACACUCUUCAAGAUGGCUAGUCAUACUGUCAAUAGUAAAAAUUAUAAUAUGAAACUUAUUGAUACUCUUUAUAAUCAGGUUCCAGCCUUUACUGAUGUUUUCGAUGAAGAAACUUGGUAUAUUUUUGUUGCCUGCUUUGUUGCAGGAACAUUUUUAGUUGCAUUUAUUCUUUCAAGAUUUAUAACAUUAAAACCCGUGGAAUGAAUUAAAAAUAUUUCCAAAAAAAUGACAUCUUAUAUCCAUACGUGUAGAUUAUUAGUUAUAUUCAAUAAAUUUUGUUAAUAUUAAAUUUUAAUAAUCUAGAUGUAUGCUAUAUAAUUAUAAACAUUAAGUUUUCAUUAUGAUUGUAAUAAAUAACAUAUUACAGUA